AUGAGCGCCCUGCAAAGACUGGUCCGGCGCCUCGAGGUCAAGGGCAGUAACGAGGGGACUCUGGCAAACCGCGCCAACCAUGACACUCGACCCUUGGAGCCGGAGAGGCGGACGUUUGGCCCGUGGGAGUUUGUCUCGCUCUGGGUCAUCACCGGCUCCUUCAACAUCGGCGGCUGGACCACGGGCUCGUCGCUGAUCGCCCUGGGCCUCAACGUGUGGCAGGCCAUGUUGACCGUCAUCAUCGGCAACCUGCUCGUCGCCCUGCUGUGCAUUUGCAGCGGCGCCCCCGGCGCGAAAUGGCACAUCGGCUUCCCCAUGAUCCAGCGCUGCUCGUGGGGCACCAACGGCUUCAUCUUCAUCGUCAUCCAGCGCUUCUUCCUCGCCUGCAUCUGGUUCUCCACCCAGGUUUACUGGGGCGGCCAGUGUGUGCGCGUCUUCCUGACCGCCCUGUGGCCGUCGUUCGCCCAUGUCAACAAACCCUUGGCCAACGGCACCAUGACCACCGGCGACUUCACCUCCUUCAUCAUCUUCACGGUCCUGUACCUGCCGCUGGUGUGGAUCCGGCCGGAGAAGUACAAGAUCCCGUUUCUGAUCUCGUGCAUCCUGGUCAUCCCCACCAUCUUCGUCUGUCUGAUCUGGUUCACCGCCACGGCCAAGGGCGCCGGAUCGCUCGUGCACGACGUGAGCGGCGUCGCCGGCGUCACCCAGGCCAAGGGCAGCCACCUGGGCUGGAUGAUGGUGCUGGGCAUCUGCACCAACAUCAGCUCCAUCAGCGUGCACAUCUUCGUGCAGUCCGACUACACCCGCUAUGCGCGCAAGCCCAAGGACCAGAUCCUGGCCCAGCUGGUCAUGGUGCCCCUGGGCACCAUCGUCGUCGCACUGAUAGGCAUUCUGUGCACCUCCUGCGCCGCACAGCUGUUCCCCGAGCAGAACGGCACCCUGCUCUGGGCGCCGUAUGAAUUGUUCAGCGCCCUGCAGCAGCACUACGACAACUCGUCCCGCUCACGCGCGGCCGUCGCCUUCGGCAUUCUUUCCUUCAUGGUCGCCCAGUUUGGCAUGGUGGUGGCCAACAACGGCCUCUCGGCCGGAAUCGACCUGUCCGCCCUGUUCCCGCGCUUCUUCACCAUCCGCCGCGGCAUGUUGCUGAUGUCGGCGCUCGCCUUCAUCGUCCAGCCGUGGCAGCUUCUCAACGGCGCCAGCAAGUUCCUCACUGUCCUGGGCGGCUACGGCGUCUUCCUCGGCCCCAUGACCGGCGUCAUGUUUGCCGAUUACUUCCUGCUGCGCAAACGCCUGAUCAAGCUGACCGACCUGUACGAGAACAACUCCGGCAGCAUCUACUGGUACUGGCUGGGCAUGAACUGGCGGGCGCUGGCUGCCUGGGCCAUGGGCGUCUGGAUAAACCUGCCCGGCUUUGCCGAAUUCGUGCGCUACGGCACCGCCAAAGAACUGUCGGGCUGGUCGCAUCUCUACUACAUCUCCUACCCGCUGGGUCUGACCUUGUCAGUCCUGACCUACCUUGCCCUCAACAAGCUGUCGCCCGUCGCUGGCCUCGGAGUCGUCGACGACCUGGAUUAUUUCGGCACCUUUGGUCCCGCCGAAACACGAUCCCUCCGUGGCGAGGAGUAUGGAGAAACCGUCCAAGUCGUGGCUGGCAUGAAGAAGGGACCCGACGUCGGCAAGGAGGAGAUUUGA